AUGUCAUUGAUACCAUUACCACAGUCAUUAAUACCUUUUCUUGAAUCUUAUUUACCUACACAACCAAAAAAUAAUUUACCAUUUGUUACUUUAACUUUUGCUCAAUCUUUAGAUUCAAAAAUUAGUGCUAAACCUGGAAUUCAGACUAAAUUAUCUCAUAUUGAAACUAAAACAAUGACGCAUUAUUUGAGGUCAAAUCAUGAUUCUAUUUUGAUUGGAAUUGGUACAGUUAUAUCUGAUGAUCCAAAAUUAAAUAAUAGAUUUAAUGAUAAAUUAAUAAGACCAAUUAUAAUUGAUCCUUUUGGUAAAUUUAAUUUUAAAAUUAGUCAAUUAUAUAAAAUUGUAAUUGAAAAGAAAGGUUUAGCUCCAUUUUUAAUUAUUGAUGAAUCUACAAUGUAUAAUAAUGAUGAAGAAGAUCUUAUUAAUAAAUUUAAUGGAAAAGUUAUCAAAUUACCAUUAUUACAAAACAGAAAUAAUAAUUGGAAUUUAAUACUAUCUGAACUAUAUAAAUUGGGUUUAAAUUCAAUAAUGAUCGAAGGUGGUGCUACUAUUAUAAAUGAAUUAUUAUUACAAAAGGACUUAAUCAAUAGUUUGAUUAUAACUAUUGCUCCUAUUUUUUUAGGUGUUCAAGGUAUUUCAAUAUCACCAGAUUUUCAAGUUGAAUUAAAAGAUAUUAAAUGGUGGACAGGUAUUCAAGAUAGUAUAUUAUGUAGUCGAAUUAAAUAA